CUGAGUGGAAGUUUACUUCAGAUACAAUUACGAAGUUGGUAAAGGAAGAUCACUUGGAUAUCGAGUUUUCAUUAUAGAGAGUACAUGCAUGACACAAUCAUGGGGAUAUCAAUUGCAGUAAUUCUUAUAUUAGUCUGGCAGUUUGAAUUAUCAAAGCAGGCAUGUCAAGAAUGUACAUGUUGUAAGGGUGGAGCAAGUGCUUGUGAUUCAGAACAGAAUUGUACAGAAGGAUGUAUAGCUGGCUAUUUCGGUGCGAAAUGUACCGAGCCCUGCCUGGAAAAUUGUCAAACUUGUGUUAAUGAUAUUGGCUGCAAGGAAUGUAAACGUGGUUAUUACGCUAACAAAUGUACUCUACAAUGUGGAAAGGGGUGUCUAGACAAUACUUGUUCAUUAUCAUCAGGGGAGUGUACUUGUACAUCGAGUAAUUUUAAACAUGGCAAAUGCCAUGUUUGUUUAGGAACUAUGUAUGGUGAUGAUUGUAACAACACUUGUCCAAGAAACUGUGUAUCCUGCACAUCAGACAAACACUGUUCAGUUUGUAAACAGUACUUAUAUUACGGAGAAUAUUGUCAAUACAGAUGUUCAUACGGUUGCCUGAAUGGUACAUGCAAGAAAGAAAAUGGAUAUUGUAUCCGCGGAUGCGAGCCAAAGUAUAUCGGAGAUAAAUGCGAUAAUUGCUCACCUGGAUUAUACGGACAGUAUUGCGAUUUCAAUUGCCCAGUAAAUUGUUCUGUUUGUACCUCUAAGUCAAACUGUACACAGUGUAACAGUGGAUUUUAUGGAUUUACUUGUAAACAUAUGUGCCCAUCUGGCUGUAACGGAACAUGUUCAUUAACUGAUGGUCGAUGCUUAGCUUGUAAACAGGGAUUUUUCGGAAAACUGUGCAACAAAUCAUCUAUCAUAACAUCGGCAGAAAACAAAUUAUUCGUGAUAAUCACACCAUCUGCUGUUGCUGGUGUUGCUGUAAUCAUCUUGCUUGUGAUUAUAGUAAUUUGUUUUGUAAAACGUAAUAAAAGACAACAGAUGACAUCGAGACAAAGUGAGGAAAAUGAUUAUGUACAGGGCAUGCAAGAUAUUUCUAAAGAGUGUAAGACAGACGAAUUUGAUGCUACUUACGCCGAGCUUCACAAAAGAGAACAGCAAUCUGGUGAUGGUGCGGGAAAGGAAUAUGACACUGCAUUUGGCGAUGAUAAAACAAUAUCUGACAUUGACAAAGGGUAUACUUUGGUUAACAUAGGAGCAUCUGCCAAUAAGAGUUUUGAAGUAUCUGAUAUUGAACUCGAUAACAAAUGCAACAAUGAUUAUGCUGUGGUUAACAAAGGUAAGUCGGCUGGUAAGAAACACGAUUGCAUCGACGAAAUGUAUGAUACAACACAUGAAAACAAAACAAACAAAAAAUAUUUAAAUAGUAAUAAUGAUUACGCUGUUCUCAGCGUAAUAUCUGACAACGCUGUAGGAGUUGGGAAAACAAAGGGACCAGUAGACGCUGAAGGACAUGAUUUAUAUGACACUACUGAAGGAGGGAAACACAAAACUAUGCUUCGUCAAAGCGAUGAUUAUGAUGUAUUUAAGCGCAACAAUGGUGAUAAACAUGAAGCUGUCAAAACAAGUACAUUAAACGACACAAAAAUUGAAGAAAAGAAAAUGCGGCCAGUAAACAAUGUCUAUGACUUUGAAAGCGAAUAACCAUUGACAAAUGCAGUAUGAAGUACGAUCACUUUACCGACACACGAAUCAAAAUGUUCUGAGGCUACAUUAAUCUAAAUAUUGCUUACUUAUAUGCGUUGAUGAAAAUGAUGUAUAUAUAUAUUGAUUAUAAAACGUACAUUUUUUGUAACAGGACCAAUACUUAAUAUAUAAAUUGUGAAUAAUUCGAAACAUCCAGGAAUAAAUCAAUGAUGGAGAUCUAUACUUUAUAUAGUGAAAUAAAAUUAUUUUUAAAUAUGCAAAUUGCGAAAAACACAGCAAAUCAGUAAUGCAAUGUUUUAUACAAUUAUUUAGGUACACACAAUAAGACUGAUAUGCUCAAAGUAACAAAAAGACAAUAUCAAAAGAAACUUAAUAAUGAUCAUCAAGAAAUUAUGUUUAAUUUAAGUUUCGGUUUGUUAAUAAAAAUAUGUCUUUUAUUAAAUUAUAUUAAAUUAUUUUCGAGGUUAUACGCAUAUAACAUUUUAAUGAACAUGUUUGCGUUUGUCCAAUAAUGUGUCAUUUUGUAUAAAUUCUUGUGAGAAUAAAUUAGUAAUGUUGUUAAUAAUUUAAUAUACAAUAUACAAAUGUACAUAUAAAACUCAACAUUCGCUUAAGAAUUGCAUAUUUCAGUCCUAUUAUCAUAUUAAAAUAAUAUUUCUGCUAACGAUACACCUGUAUGUAGACCUCAUAAUCGUGUACUUAAGUUAUCGAUUUGACAUUUACACCUUGCACGUUAAGCACGUGGAAAAGCAUAUCAAUGGGAAUUUGGUGUUUAAUGGCCAUGUGCUUCACUUAAACGUGUACAAGCAGCAAUACGUUUUAAUCGUAAACUGUCUUCGAAAUUAACAAACUAUGGCAAAUUGAGAGGUUAGACGUCGUGUAAGUGAAGAUAAGAUGAAUAGGGGUAUUGGAAUGUUGGAGGCUGGCCGUUCACAAAGGCACGUUGCCCAUGUUCUUGGGGUAUCCCUGAGCGUUGUCUCCAGGAUGUAGAACCGAUUCCAAAUGACUGGAAAUGUCUUGCAGGGCCACGCCGGAGGUCGGAAUCGUUUAACGACUCAAGCCCAUGACCGAUGUAUUGUCCUUCAGGCCAGGCGCCAACGGUUCUCAAACGGUACGACCUUACAAUACGACUUCAAAAAUGCAACUGGUUUACGUGUAAGCACGUAAAAUGUUAGAAACAGGUUCAUUGGUGCUGGGUGAGAUAACGGAGGCCAGCAAUUCGCACUCCUUUGACACAACGCCAUAUUCAAGAGCGUUUUCAAAUGGGCGCAGACUCAUGUCACAUGGACAGUUAAUGAUUGGAUUCCGGCCCUCUCUACUGAUGAGUCAAGGUUUUGUGUGGACUUCACGGAGAGACGGGCUAGGGUUUGAAGACGACCAAAUGAACGCUAAGCUCCAGCAUGCGUUGCAAAACACGACCGUUUUGUCAGGCGUCUAGUCAUGGUGUGGGCGGGAAUAAGAGCUCAGGGGAAAACGGACCUACACAUCAUUGAAAACGGUACACUGACGACAGUAAGGUACGUCAAUGUAAUCUUAGACGUCCAUGUACGCACGAACGCUGGCGCAAUCGGUGCUCAUUUUAUUUUAUGGAUGACAACGCCCGUGCACACAGAGCCCACAUCACAAACCGAUAUCUUGAAGAGGCAACUAUAGUCCGCAUGGAUUGGCCAGCGCGGUCCCCGGAUAUAAAUCCAAUUGAGCAUGCUUCGGAUAUGCUGCAGAAAGCCAUUUCUUCACACCACGUCAAACCAACAACAAUUCAGAAGCUAAGACAUGCAAUCAUAGAGAAAUGGGCCCAGAUUCCUCAUCACAAGGUGCGCAGGCUCAUCAGCAGCAUGCGGCGGCGAUGCCAAGUCGUUACUAAUGCCCGCGGACACCGUACUCGGUAUUAAACACCCUACGCCAAUCCUUUCCUGAUUUGCAAGAUUUGUUUUCAUUGCACUAUGAGAUCUCCAAAAUGUUGAUGAUUUUCGUCCAGCAUACUCUUUCCGCAACAGGUACACGUCAAAGAACACUUCCACUGACUAUUUUCAUAAAAAUCAAUUACUUACUAACUAUAUUUAAUUCCCUUUAAUCAAUUUUCACAUUUAUUACAAAUACACAAAAGUAACCCACUGUAGAAAAAGAAAGUGAUCCUUAGACAAUUUUGAGUAGUAUAUAUUUAAGAAUGAUUUUUUUAAUCACACCCCAUCAGUUGCUUAAGGACAUAAAUGCCGCAAGUUUUUUACGAAAAAAGGCAUCUCUAUUGUUCAAUGGUAAACUAGAUACGUCAAACAUUAAAACAUCUUCUUUUGUCACAAACAUCAUUGUCAAUAUUAGAAGUUAAUUAUAAUCUAGUGUUAACAUAAAUAGCUUCUGGUGGUGGUAUCUGCUGGUUUGUAGUAAUCU